AAAGUAGAAUACAUUGCGCGCCAUUAGUGUUUAAUACCAACUGUCAGCAUGGCGGUUGACCAAAUAACGCUAAACAUAACGCAUAACGUAACAAAUUCCACAAAAACAAAGCCCAAACAGACGCCACUUAAGCCCCUGCCCAAGAAAAAAGGAAAUGGUCCCUCUACAGAAUUCGACUUUCAGUUCAACAUUGAGAAGCCCAAGGUGAAGGCCAUUGCAGUGCGUCGUCGUUUGCCCAACAAGAGUAACAAUAAUGAUAUUGCAGAAAAACCAAAGCCAGAUACAGAUGCUGGUCCCUCGAAGAAGGAAGCGGCUCCGUCGUCUUCAAUAAAGGAUAUCAUACAAUCUGCGCCUGUCCAUACUGACGGUGAGCUGCUUCUGAACAUAACAACUACACCAUUUGUGGCGUCGACUGCUGUUCCCAAGCCAAAAACGAAAAUUUCGCGCCUAGAACGCUUAAGCAAAAAACGUGCUGAGCGACGUGGUCAAGCUCCCAGUCGUGUGCUUAGCAAAGAAGAAUUAGGCAAGGCACUCAAGCGGACUAUUAUAAAUCCCAACAAGCAGCCGCGACCGGGAGACCUCUUUAAGGCGCAGUUGGAAAAUGAGCGCGAGAAAAAGCGAGCAGCUGAGGCAGAUGAGGUUCAAGCCAGCGGAGAAACGCAAGCGCAAGUAGAUGACGAUGUAGUCAAGAACGCAAAGUCCAAGACAGAAGAGGCCAAGGCAAAUAACCGCUUUCGAACCGAUCGCCCAACUACGAAAAAGGUUGGACUUUUCGAUCAAAGCGAUGUGGCGGCUUUGCAGCAAUUGGGACAGCGAGCAGUUAAGCCGAUCAAGGAGACAAUAUUUUCAAAUAGUAUGGUGGCCAGCUUAGGGCUGCAUCCGCAUGCAGUGAAAAAUCUUCAGGAUUUGCUGGCCAUCUCAAAACUGACCAGGGUGCAGGAGAAGACAAUACCAAAAGUGUUGGCUGGCAUGGAUGUGCUUGUGCGUAGUCAGACAGGCUCCGGCAAGACCCUCGCCUAUGCCUUGCCCAUUGUAGAACUUCUGCAGGCUGUGACGCCGAAAAUCAAGCGCGCCGAUGGCGUAUUCGCCAUGGUCAUUGUACCUACACGCGAAUUGGCAAUACAGACGUACGAAUUAUUCCAGAAACUUCUGAAACCCUACAUUUGGAUUACGCCUGGUGUGCUGCUGGGCGGCGAGAAUCGUCAGAGCGAGAAGGCACGCUUGCGCAAGGGCAUUAAUAUAUUGAUGGGAACGCCCGGUCGUCUGGUGGAUCACCUCCUGCAUACGGCUACUUUUAAGCUAGGCAAGCUGCGCUAUCUAGUGAUCGACGAGGCCGAUCGCUUAAUGGAGCUUGGUUACGAGCGCGAUGUUAAGCAGCUGGUCGAUGCCAUUCAGAAACAGCGCGAGGAUUUGAAAGCAGAGAGCGAGCAGCCGCUUUCCAAUUUACAAUUUAUGCUUCUGUCCGCCACUCUCACCAAUGAGGUGAAGAAACUAGCGAGUCUGACGCUCACCAAGCCGAUCUUUAUAGACAACAGCGAUGAGGCGACAGCGGCAGCCAUAACCGACACACCUGGCUACGAAAAGUCGACCAUAGAAACUCACGCAGUUGGAGAUGUUUUAGACGGCCUCGGUGAAUAUCAAGAAGAUGUAACUGGAGUGCUGACCAUACCGGAAAAUCUCCAGCUGAGCUAUGUGGUGGUGCCGCCCAAGCUGCGUCUUGUGACGAUUGCAGCGCUGCUGGCCAAAGAGUUGCGUGCCAGUCCCAAGAGUUUUAAAGCUAUUGUUUUUAUGAGCACCAUGGAAAUGGUUAACUUCCACCAUGAUCUGCUAAAUGAGGCAUUAACGCUUCGUGUUAUGGACGAUGAGGAUGAUGAACGGGCUGCCGAAGAGGACAAUCCAUUGUCAGAUGCGCCGCUCCUACAGGGCCUACGUUUUUACAAACUACAUGGCUCUAUGACCCAAACGGAGCGUCAGGGCGUCUUCAAUGGCUUUCGUAAGAGCAACGCGUGCGUUCUUCUUGCAACAGACGUUGUGGGACGCGGCAUUGACGUGGUCGAUAUUAAGUUGGUCGUCCAGUACUCACCGCCUCAGAAGACAGCCGACUUUGUUCACCGUGUUGGUCGGACGGCGCGUGCCGGUCGACAUGGUCGUGCUGUUCUCUUCCUGGCACCCAGCGAAGUGCAAUUUGUGCGGCAUUUGGAGGACAAGCGAAUAAGGAUACAGCAAGGGGAUAUGUACUCGUAUUUGCAAACGCUAGUGUCGGCCGAUUCUGAGGCACGCAACGUUCAGGAGGCCGCCUCCAAUCUACAGCACAAGUUCCAGGAGCUCGUCGAGGACGAUCAGGAGUUGCACGAAAAGGGCUGCAAGGCCUUUGUCUCUUGGCUGAAGUUCUAUGCCACCUUCCCGAAGGAGCUGAAACCCAUUUUCGGCAUGAAAGUCGCACACAUGGGCCACUUUGCCAAGAGUUUCGGCCUCAAGGAGGCGCCCAGCAAGUUCGCCAAGAACUAUACAGCACCUAAGCCGGCACCACCCACCAAUCGCCUAACCUACACAGAGCGCGAUCCCGAGAAAAUGAAACAGGAGAAGCACAAUAGGCGUCUCCGAACCACCACCGUGACCGGCGGUGUACGAAAUAUGCAGGCGGGCGCACCGGCCCAACUAAAUCAGAAAGGACUUUUGCAGCCUGCCAAACGCUCGAACGCAUUCAUGAAGGCUUUGGGCAAGUCACGAGCGCUCACAAUGUCCGAAUUCGAUAGCGGACUGCCGGAGAUUAAGAAACGCAAGAAGUGAACAGUCAUCUUUGCAUGCACUAUGUAUAUAUAGGUUCAGUUAUAUAAUUUGAAGAAAUGUGUAAUAAUAAAGUGAAAUUGACAUUAA